AUGUCAGCAGCUAAGCACUACCUCAAGGAUCCCAACCACGCCGUCCUAACCUCUCUCAAUGCCAUCACGAAAACUAAUCCUUCCGUUUGCCUCGACCCUGAGAACAAGAUCAUCUAUCGGAACCCUGCCUCUAUCAAGAACAAAACUCAUGUCAGUGUUGUGUGCGGAGGAGGCUCUGGCCAUGAGCCCGGUUUUGCAGGGUUCGUCGGCGACGGUGUCCUUACUGCGUGCGUUGCCGGCACAAUCUUCGCUUCUCCAAGUGCGAAACAAGUCAGAGCCUGCUUGCUGCACCGAUUGCCAGUGGAAAGCCAAGGAAUUCUUAUCAUAGCGACCAACUACACAGGUGACGUGUUGAAUUUUGGAAUGGCAGUGGAGAAAGCUAGGCCCCUUGGGAAAUCGGUGAAGAUGGUAGUGAUUUGUGGGGCGUUGGCCGCCAAAGGCGUCGGACUCGAAGAGUUGGCAAAAAGUGCGAGGACUGUGGUCAACAACCUUGUCAGCUUAGGAGCGAGCUUGAGUCGUGUACAUGUCCCGGGAAAAGGGAUAGACGACGCGAAAGAGGAGGAAGAAAGGCUCGGGCAUGGCCUGGUCGAGAUCGGCAUGGGCAUUCAUAAUGAGCCCGGUUGCGAGAAGAAAGUGACCGAUCUGCCUGGACUCAUCAAGAUCAUGCUUGCACAAAUGCUAGACCAGAACGACAAAGACAGAGCGUACGUCAAGAUAGAAAAGACCGACCAGACUCUUUUGUUGCUCAAUAAUUUCGGAGGUGUCAGCAAUCUUGAGCUAGGUGCUAUUCUGAACGAGGCGACACAACAACUUGCACACACCUACGAGAUCAGACCCAGACGGAUUGUGCAAGGCACCUUAUUUGGUAGCCUCGAUGGUCCAGGCUUCAUCCUUACCUUGCUCAAACUUUCAGACAUUGGGCUGGGGGCUGGCAAGACGAUGCUCGAAGCCAUUGAUGCAUCUGCUGAUGCGGAUGGGUGGCCUCGUUGCGUCUCGACCGAGACAUGGGAGGCAUCAUAUCCACCACCGCCCAAGAUAGCUGAAGGAAAGGAAAAAGAGACGAAAAUCACUAAUCUCCGCCUCUCUCCACAAAGACUCAAGGAAGUCUUGACUCCUGCGCUCAACAAAAUCAUCGCGUCGGAAGGCGAAGUAACGAGAUAUGACACAGUAGUUGGCGACGGUGAUUGUGGAGUAGGUCUUAAGCGCGGCGCAGACUCUACCUUGAAGGCGAUUGAAGAGGUACACUCGGAUGAUAUCAUGGAAGCCUUCGCGAAGAUCUGUCCUACGAUUGAGAUGUCAAUGGAUGGCACCUCAGGGGCUCUUUACGCCAUCUUCCUCAACGCUCUCGCCUCGAACAUCCGCUCACUUUCUCCUUCCUCACCUUCACCGGUAACGACUGAGACUUGGGCGACAGCACUGUCAAUGUCGCUCAAGAAUCUAGCAGUAUACACCCCAGCGCAACCGGGCGACAGGACACUCAUGGAUGCCCUGGUGCCUUUCGUCCAAGAAUUGGAAGCCUCGAAGGAUGUGAAGAAAGCUGCAGAGAAGGCCAAGCAGGGCGCAGAAAAGACAAAGGGUAUGAAGGCGAGUCUUGGCCGAAGUGUGUACGUGGGAGGAAGUGGCUAUCAAGAAGUGCCGGAUCCGGGGGCUCAUGGGUUGAGUAUUUUUUUAAACGGAAUCGCUGAUGCGUUAUGA